ACUGAGAGCGUGAGUGAACGAGAGAGCUUGACAAAUCGACAGACGGAGUGAAAACGAGAAGAAAAUGAGCGAGCGAGUGGAUGAAUGAGUAAGAAAUAGAAAGCCAGACAGAGAAAGAGAGAUGAAGAGGCCUAAAAAAAAUUAAACUAAAGAAAAAGAUAGAGAAAAAAGAUAAAAGAGAUGUAGAGUGAAGGGGAUCGAGAGACAGCAACUGCACAGUCAUGCGGGCACUAAGUUGCUCGAUAUUGCAUAAUAGCGGCUGUGGCCCGAAUUUACAACAGCAUAUUAACGCCGUUUAACUUCCACCACUCAAGGAGGACACCAGUCUCGUUCACCAUGUCUACUGACCCGGCUGCAUUUGUGGCCGGCGUCCCCGUCAAGAUUAGUGAGAGAUUCCGCCCGCCGAGAAGAAUUACAAUCCCCGCAUCCUGUCAGUACCAGAUCAACCCUGACCUUCUAACACAAGAUUAUGACUUUGCUAUAGAAAAGACAACACUGAAGUGGGUUCAGGAGAGAGUAAGUAGAAGAGAAAAAGAGGAUAAUGAAAGGAAGGACAGAAUAGCUGAAUAUGAGAAGAAAAAGGCAGAAAGGAAGGCCAAGGAGGAGGAAGAGAAAUUGCGCAAAGAAAAAGAGGAGGAGGAACGACAAAGAAUAUUAAAGGAAGAGGAGGAGAAGAAGAGAAAAGAGGAAGAGGAAAGGAGAUUGGAGGAGGAGGAGGAGAAGAAGAAGACAGAAGAGGAAGAGCAAAAUCAAGAACAAUCAGAUGAAGCGGAAGGGGAAAAUCUUGAUGAAAACACCAACACUGUAGAGCCAGAGGAAAACGGUAACGAAAGCCCAAAUGAGACACCGCCAGGCAUGCAGGAGAAUGCAAAUAAUGAUCAGCAACAAUCACAACAACAACAGCAGCAGCAACAGCAGCAGCAACAGCAGCAGCAACAGCAACAGCAACAACAGCAGCAACUCCAGCAGCAACAACAGCAGCAACAACAGCAGCAACAGCAACAGCAACAGCAACAGCAACAGCAACAGCAACAGCAACAGCAACAGCAGCAGCAGCAGCAGCAGCAGCAAACAAAUAUUCACCAGCUACAGCCAGGUUUAGUGAAGUCAGGCAUGGGAACCAACUUUUACCGAAAUGAUGCACUUUACAAUGCAAAUCCCUCAUUUGAAUCUGAUACUAGCAUGGCAUAUCCAGGUAUGUUGCAACCUACUCCUAUACCUUCUCAGAAGAACAAUCUUAGGUCACCUCUCAAAACUCCUGCAGAUAUUAACUUUGCAGAGUUUGAAGGUGAGGGUAAUGAUCCCUUUGACAGUGCUGCACUGAAAUCAAUCAAUGACAUGGAGGAGCUGGCAAAGGUCCUUGAUUCCACCAAUAUGGGGACUGGGUCACAGUCAUUGGACCGAAACACAGUUUCAAAACAAAAUUCUUCCGAAGAUAAAAGAACCAUUCCUACAACAUAUCCUAAUGGCCAGGUGGCUUACAAUGCCUAUGGCCAGUACCCAUAUUAUUUGCAGCAACAGUUGCAUCACACUGUGCCUCAGCCAGGGCAAAAUUUUGGGCAGUACACAGGUCACUUAGGAAAGAAUUCUCCGGUAACGUCUGCUGCAUCACCGGUGCCUUCUUACAAUAAUAGUCACCAGUAUGGGGGAGGACCUGACAGGUCAUUCCAAAAUACUUAUUACCCACAGCAGUGGAACAAUAGUUAUAGUGCUGGUAGUCCUAAUAAAGGUGCUCCAUUUGGUCCAUAUGAUUAUCGCCUGCAAGCCAACAAUAGUGUUCCAAGCACAUCACAGGGUGUGCUAAGUCCAAGUAACAUUACUGGGACUGUGACUGCAGCACCCACAGUGCCAGUGUCUAUGAGUAGUGGUCUGUCAAAUAGCUCUACAAUAGAAAGAGGAACAGUUGGCAAGAGGCAAGACCUUGAAGAUUUCUACACUCGAUACUAUUCUCCAAACAAAUCAACAGUGACUCAGGUCCAGCAGUCUGGUGUCAGGUCUGGGGACUCGACACCAAGCCAUAGCAGUAGUUCUGGUGCUUUAGGGUCAACCACAGGAUCGUUACGGUCCUGUCGAAGUGUUCCAGAUUUGAGUGCUGCUGAGGAUUCUGAAGUCACAUCUUACAGUAGUAGGAUUCCAUCAGUUGGGGAAGGUCGAGGAUUUUCACACACACCUCCACCACGACCUUCAAGCACAGGACUCAGUGGGUUGGAGGACUGGAAGCCACUUCCUGACCUUCCAAGUACGCCUGAGUCCUCUCCUGCUCAGCAUUCCUAUCAGCCUGGACUCUCACAGACGACGGCAGGAUCCCAUCAGUACACGCCAACAAAGACACGUCUCCCAGAUCCCUUCAUUGAGCUGACAGCUGAUGCCCAGGCUUUAGUACAGAGUAUGGCAGAGAUGGGUUUUCCACGACCAAGGGUUGCCAGAGCUGUUCAGAAACUGGGCACUGAUCAUAAGAAGCUUAUUGAGGUUCUUCUGGUGUUGCAAAAUCUCCAGGACGCUGGAGAAGAUGAAUACAAGGCAGAACGUGCUUUUUACCACUAUAUGGGGGACUUGCAAAAAACGAAAGACCAUUUGGCAGCAGCAAAGCAGCUGUGUGAUCUAGGUUUUGAGGAUGAAAGAAUAGUUGAUGCUCUCUUAAAACACGAUAACGACAGAGACAAGGCCCUGGAAGAGCUCAUAGCCUAGAGUCCACCAGUGUCUUCCUUUUAUAUACCACAUUGUGAUGAGGUCAGCUGAGUUUUACUAGCCAUAUUAUGUGUGCAAGUGUAGAGAAUGUAAGAUUUUGAGCCACAGAUUAGGUUUAUAAUAAUCCUAAUGUUUUUGGUCAUUGUCUUUAUGAAGAAGCCUUUUUUCAAGAACAUGGUUGUUCAUUAUCAGUGUUAGAAUGUUUCUAAUAUAUUUUUUAGAAAUAACUUUAUUUUCUUCUUUUUUUUUUCAAAGAAAAAAAAGUUAAAGAGCAGUAUUUUGUAAUCUCGAAAUCAUACGAUUGAAUCACUACCCAUUCAUAGCUAAAGAAGACGUGAUAAUGUGAUACAAAAGUUACAAGACCGAUAUAUCCUUUCUUAACUUUCUGUUUAUAUGUGUUUCUCUCAAAAUUUGAUCCAAAGACUGCCAGAUCUUGAAGACUGGAAAGAACUAGAAUGAUCAUGUGUAAACUGUCAUACUGUCUGUUGAGAUUUAUGAUGGACUACGUGCAGUUAAUAACUAACCAAAGAAAAGGGAAUGAUCUCCGUGACGAUGGCUUGAUAAAGUAUCUGUCCCUUAGGUUACAAAGUAAUCAUUUAUCACAAAUUUGCUUUAUUGUAAAUCCUCAAAAAAAAAUUAUUUAAAUGUAUAAGAACCUUGUGAAGAAGUAAUGUACAAGUGGGAACUACAUGCAUCUGGAAGUUGAUGUUUUAUAGGGUCAUAGCAGAAAAAUAUUCAGAUCUCUGUUCCUAGCAUUUUGUGACACAUUGAUUUAACUGUUAUUAUGACAACUAACAAGUAGAUUUUCCUUCCAUUGAAGUUUACAUCAUGGAGGAUAACAUCUUACAAUUAGGUACCAAUGACUUGCUUCCACAUAUUCUUUGUCCAAAAAAGUAUUACGGCAGAACAAGCCUGAGAACUGGUUGAGAAGAGUUUGAAUGUAAUAUCACAUGGUUCCAUUAUCUAACACCAUAAAGGUAUGCAUUGCUAGAAGAGCAUGAAGCAAAGCAUCAAGUGAUUGACUCUGUUUGAGAACUCAUACAUUUAUGUAUUACCUGGCAGCUGUUGAAUAUGGCAGGGAGUGCUGAUUACAUGUUAAAAGGAUCUUCUAAAAGUAUCUAAAAUGUUGGAUUGUAUAGCUAGUAAGGAUGGACUGGAAUCAAGAUAUGUGCCAUUAUUAGAAUGUAAAAUACAUGAUAUUGGAUGGGGAAUAAUGGUUGCACAUUGGACACCUUUUUGGAAAAAAAAAGAAGCAGCAAACAUUUUACUAGAGAGGGAGAGAGAAAGAAAUAGGAAGCCAGAGCUGUAUGUUUAUGUUUGUGUUUGUGCGCAUAUGCAUAUGUGUGUAUGUUUCACUUUUUCUAGGACUUGUCACAAACAGUGCGGGUAAUCUAUGUGUAGGGUAAGUAUUAUACAUAAUAACUGCUUGGAAUGUAGUUUCCACUCAUAUUUCUUGUAUUAAGAAAUGGGAGUGAUGAUGAGAAGGUUCCAGUAAGAUUAUGAAGUAUGAAUUAGUCAAGGACAUGGUAUCUUGUAACUUCUAACACUUGUCAUGUCAUCAGCUGGAGAAUGCUUGUAGCAUUAACAUGUUUGUAUUUGUUCUUAGAAGUAAAAAGAUUAAAUGAUAAAUCACAUGGUUAUUCAGUCUCUUUUUUGAAUAAAUAAAAUAGAGGUUGAUUUAGAAUCUUUUCCACACUCAAAUCUUUUUUAUCGUCUUGCAGCUGUGAUAGAUCCCCCACCCCACCCCAGAAACCAAGUUUCAACAAAAUAAAAAAAAAAUAAAAAUAUGUAUGAAUUAUUUCAUAUGCAAUAUUCUGGUUAAGAUUGAAAAGUUAGGUUCUUUUUAUGAGUUGAUAGAAUGUCAAGACAAAGAUUUUUUUUAAAAUGGCUAUCAUAUUCCUGUUCUUCAUAUGUUAAAAGUAUCCUCCACCUACCUUCUUGAAAUUUCAUUUAUCAGAUACAGUGUCUGGAAAUGUGAAAUAUUCUACUAUUACUUUUUUCACUUUCUUUAGAGAAAAGGUUACUUGGUUAUCCAUUGCAGAGUGCAGUUGAGAUCACUUCAUGUUCACCAUCAUCAUUGUGCCAUGUAAUAAAGAAAACAGUAACACUAA